UCAACACUACAGUUGCUAAACAGUGCCAAAACGGGGGUCGCUUAACUGCGGGUGUCUGCCUCUGUUCAGACGAUUGGAGUGGAACUACCUGCACUAAAUCAAAUUUCUGCCCUGAGCAAAAAGACAAAUACACCUUUCCAAAAACUCUCUUAGGCCAGUUUGCUUCCUCCAAAAACCUAUGUCAAUUAAACGAAAUAAACGCUGGGAUCCCCCAGGCAUCAGCCCUCUGUAACAUGACUAAUAACUCAUUUAAUUUUCCAAACAUUCUAAAGUGUGAUUUGACCUUGGACACCAUUAUUACAGAUGUUUCUGGAGCUUCUAUGCAAGACAUAAACAUGUUAGCCUCCAGUACCCAGAUGCUCACAUCCAUACCAGAACGACUGACACCCCACUACAUCACACAAGCAGCUGAGAUAGCCAACAACCUGCUCUCCACUAAAACCCCACAAACCAAGGACAUCACUAUGUCAGCAGUUGCAACUGUCAGUCAACUCCUGAGUGCAAGUCCCACAAAGUACUCUGAUGUCAACCCUAAGACCAUGGAAUAUCUAACAAAGUCUCUGCAGCAACUCUCUCUGCGAAAGGACCUAAAUAAUGUGUUGGUGCAGCCAAAUUUGGCAGUGCAGUCCAUCAAUGGGAAAGCAAAGAUCCGACAAGCACAGUUAACCUCUUUUAAAGGGGAGAGAGAUACCUUUAUACCUGACAGAAUAAAACUGGAUGUGACAGAGACUGAGAAUCUGCCUCAACACAUAAAAGACUUUGACCUUCAGAUGAAACUCAAAUUUAAUGAAGAUUUAAAUGAAGAUGUUGGAUUUGUCCUCUAUGAUAAUGAUCAGUUCUUCCAGUCACAAAGCUUUAAAUCAUCCCCAGAUACCAAGAGAAGGGUGAUCUCUGCUAACCUUCAAGAACAACAUGAAUUGGAGGUUGAGUUUACAAUCUCACAAUCGAUCGAUCCAACGAAGUCCCUCCACAACUUUGCAUGCGUGUUUUGGAGUUACUCCAAAAAAGAUUGGAGCGCAGAAGGCUGUGACAAAGCAGAGAUCACCUCAGGUCACCCAUCAUGCAACUGUAAACCUAACGAAAAAUAUGUAAACUUUGCCAUCCUAAUGACUUUCAGUGCAAACUAUCAAUAUUCUGAAGCCCUACACUGGAUCAGCAUCACUGGCUGUUCUCUUUCUGUAGUGGGUCUGGCUGUCACUGCAGUGUACCAAGUCAUGACCAGGAAGUCAAGAGGAGGGAGCCCUACUCUGCUUGUGGUGAAUGUCUGCUUGAGUAUGACGAUUUUCUACCUUCUCUUCAUCUUCGGCAUUAACAACCCUGAACAACAUACAAAGGAGAUACAGUUUUCUGAGCGGAAUAUUGUUCCUGAGUCAGAUCACUAUCAGGAUCCAGAUAAAGGUCCCUGCACAGCGGUUACAGCCCUUCUUCAGUACUUCAUGUUGGCCACAUUCACUUGGAAUACUCUAUAUGGCACAAACGUGUUCCUCCUCUUCAAAAACAAAGUAUCUGGAACGCCUACAUGGUUUCCAAAGGUCGCCUUUGCAGUUGGCUGGGGGUUUCCUGCUGUCAUUGUUGGUAUCUCACUGGGCUCCACCUACAGAGUGGAGAAACCUUUAGGUUAUCGACAAGAAGAGUUUUGUUGGCUGGCUUCCCUGGACCAGAAACACGAUUUUGAUAUGAGGAAACCCAUGUUCUGGGGAUUUUUGCUCCCUCUAAUGAUCAUGCUGAUCUCCAACACAGCAAUGCUGCUGUUCUUCUCUCGCAACAUCUGCAAGACCAACCCUAAUUUAAACAUGACACGACAAACUCCUCUAAAGAAGAAGAUUUUGAGUAGUUUCUCUCUGGCCGUGAUGCUUGGUCUGUCAUGGGUCAUAGGCUACAUUAUGCUCAUCACUCAUGAAAAAACUCUCAACCUCAUCCUUAGUGUGGUUUUCUGUCUCUGCAACACAACACAGGGCAUUCAGAUAUUCAUUUUAUUCACUCUGAAAUCUUUACAAUACAAGAAACCAGCUAUUCUGGACUCAAUGCAGAUAGCAGAUAUAGGCCUUCACAGGAGAAAGUUCUCUUUAAGGAAAGUUAACAUACCAGAAAUCAAAGAAACCUACACAUCCACAGAUCUGGACUCUUUCAGUCUACCACAGGUCCUCAAUGAGCUGGAGUAGAUCAUUGGAUAUUCAGACUGUGAUCAUCACCUCAGCAUUCAGCAUUAAGUAACAACAUGCAUUGAUACUAUGAGAUGAGUCAGGCUCAUUACAUACUGUAGAUGGUGAGAAGGAUGGAUAUCAACUUGUGUCAUUGGUUUAUUUGUGCUGUAAUGGUAAUUCAGAGUAUUUGCAUGUAAAACAAAUACAAUGUCUUGAAUUAAAUAAUUUUGU